AUGUCAGGCGGAUUAGGCGAUCCUGUCGCUUUCGCGAAGGACUUCAUUGCCGGUGGCGUGUCCGCUGCUGUCUCCAAGACAGCAGUAGCUCCGAUCGAGCGUGUAAAGCUGCUUCUGCAAGUCCAGCAUGUCUCGAAGCAAAUCGCCGAAGACCAGCGCUACAAAGGUAUCAUCGACGCUUUCGUCCGCAUCCCCAAAGAGCAAGGUCUGCUCUCAUUCUGGCGUGGUAACCUUGCCAACGUCAUCAGGUACUUCCCAACACAAGCUCUCAACUUCGCCUUCAAGGACAAGUACAAGCAGGUGUUCCUUGGUGGUGUCGACAAGCACACCCAAUUCUGGCGCUACUUCGCCGGUAACUUGGCCUCCGGUGGUGCCGCCGGUGCCACAUCUCUUUGCUUUGUAUACCCACUCGACUUCGCCCGUACCCGUUUAGCCGCUGAUGUCGGUAAAGGUGAUGGCCAACGUGAAUUCAGCGGUCUUGGCAACUGUCUGUCCAAGAUCUUCAAAUCUGAUGGACUCGUCGGUCUCUACAGAGGAUUUGGUGUAUCGGUACAGGGUAUCAUUAUCUACCGUGCCUCAUACUUCGGUUUCUACGACACAGCCCGUGGUAUGUUGCCCGACCCCAAGAACACACCAAUUGUAAUCAGCUGGGCCAUCGCUCAAACUGUCACAACUGUUGCUGGUAUCAUGUCAUAUCCAUUCGAUACCGUACGUAGGCGUAUGAUGAUGCAGUCUGGACGUGCCAAGGCUGACAUCCUAUACAAGAACACCAUUCACUGCUGGUCAACUAUUGCUAAGACAGAGGGCGGUGGUGCCUUCUUCAAGGGAGCCUUCUCAAACGUACUAAGAGGCACAGGAGGUGCUUUUGUGCUUGUCUUAUAUGAUGAGAUCAAGAAAGUUCUCUAA